UCAUAUUUUGCAGGAUUAAGGUAGGUUGCAAACGUAAGCGAGAUUCAUUAGCGAAAGAAGAAAUUUUUUGAUGUAGUUUUCUGAUUAUUUAGUUUGUUGUUUUAGUUGGUUUUUGGUUGUAAGAAUUUUUUUUCGUUAUUUUUUUUUUUAUUUAUUUUUUUGGGGUAAUAUUGUAAUUCAUCAACUUCUCCUUAGUCUGAUGCACAUCACACAAUUCACAAAUGUUAGUAGUGCCUGCACCAUCAACUCCAAUUCAGCUCGGAGUCAUCAAAGCCACUCAGCAGCACCGCGCUUCAUACUCAGCAGCACCGCGCUUCUGCUCUACUCCCAUGGCUUCCGACACCAGCUUCGGCUUCCUCGCUAAACAACCUUAUGAUCCUCCUGCUUGGGCCACUCAUCUUUCCCCCCUUCCUUCUCAUACUUUCUCUCUUGCCCAUCUUCCUACCCCAAUUCACAAGUGGAAUCUCCCUAAUCUACCCCCCAAUACUGAAGUUUGGUUGAAGCGUGAUGAUCUCUCAGGUAUGCAGUUGAGUGGUAACAAGGUAAGAAAGCUGGAGUUUUUGAUGGCAGAUGCAGUAGCACAGGGUGCUGAUUGUAUUAUAACAAUUGGCGGCAUCCAGAGUAACCACUGUCGUGCAACUGCAGUGGCUGCUAAGUAUCUGAAUCUUGACUCUUUUCUUAUACUACGUACCUCCAAGGCUCUUUUGGAUAAGGAUCCAGGUUUAACUGGCAAUCUGUUGGUUGAACGCUUAGUUGGAGCUCAUGUUGAACUUGUUUCAAAAGAAGAAUACGCAAAAAUUGGAAGUGUGGCUUUGACGAAUGUGCUGAAAGAAAGGCUGAUAAGUGAAGGAAGAAAACCGUAUGUUAUUCCUGUUGGAGGUUCAAACUCUCUGGGAACUUGGGGUUAUAUCGAGGCGAUCAGGGAAAUAGAGCAGCAGCUUCAUAAUGUUGCAGAAUCGAGAAGUUUUGAUGACAUUGUUGUAGCAUGUGGCAGUGGGGGUACAAUUGCUGGUCUGUCAUUGGGAGCAUGGCUUAGUAAUUUGAAGGCAAAAGUUCAUGCAUUUUCAGUUUGUGACGAUCCAGAUUACUUCUAUAACUUUGCUCAAGGUCUCCUCGAUGGACUUAAGGCCAGAAUUAGCUCUCGUGACAUUGUAAACAUUUAUAAUGCAAAAGGUUUGGGUUAUGCAAUCAACACACAAGUGGAGCUUAAUUUUGUUAAAGAAAUUGCAUCUGCUACUGGUGUUGUUCUUGAUCCAGUUUACAGUGGAAAAGCUGCUUUCGGAUUGAUGAAAGAUAUUACUGAAAAUCCGGAGAAGUGGCAAGGAAGAAGGAUCCUGUUUAUACAUACAGGUGGCUUGCUUGGCCUGUUUGAUAAGACUCGCGAGUUGGCAGCAAUGGUUGGAAAUUGGAAGCAAAUGGAGCUCCAUGAGUCUGUACCCCGACAAGAGGGUGUUGGGAAAAUGUUUUGAAGCAAAUAACAUCAAUUAUAUGUAUAUCCUUUUUUAUAUUGGCGAAUUUACUUUUUGUAUGAUUGGUGUACUAUGUAUAGAACAUUUGGAUUAAGCUUACCAUCGUAUCAAUAAGGAUGUUUGGUCCACCCAAACCAUGUCAA